GAUCAGCGCCCUCCAGCGCCUCUACCGGCGCGGCUGUAUGGUAAUCUAACGUACGUCCCGUGGCUAAUGGCUAUUGGUAUCAGUCUGUAAACACAGUCUCUGAUGCUGCAAUGCGUUUUUAAAAUGAACAGUCUUUGAAUCCAUAUGAACAAUCACCUGCAAUGUUUCCCCUCUGAAUGGUCUAAAGGUGUGAACUAAAAAGCGGCAAUAGUUUAAUUUAAUGUUGCAUUUUUCUUUCAAGAACUCGGUUUGUCUUAUGCUGGCUUAGCUAACAGACCAUGUACCUGUUUUACAUUAUAUUUUCCGCACUUUUGUGCUUUUUGAUAUUGAAAUGGCUGAAACGGAGAAGGUAUUGCAUGGAUGUGAAGAGGUUAGAUGGAAAAACGGUGCUUAUAACUGGUGGAAACACUGGGAUCGGGAAGGAGACGGCUGUGUUGCUGGCUUUGCGAGGAGCUCGUGUGAUCAUCGCCUGCAGGGAUGAGGAGAAAGCCAGGAAAGCCGUUCGAGAGAUCAAAGCCAGGAGCCACAAUAUGAAUGUGCUUUAUAUGGAGGUGGACCUGGCCAACAUGAGGUCUAUAAGAGAGUUCAGCAAAACCUUCUUACAAAAGGAGAAGCGGCUGGAUAUUCUGAUCAAUAAUGCAGGCAUGCCCAGCGUCCUCGACUGGACAGAUGAUGAUUUCUCCAUGUGCUUUGGUGUGAACCACCUUGGCCACUUCUUACUGACCAACCUUCUUCUCCCACGGCUGAAAGAGAGUUCACCGAGCAGAGUGAUCAAUCUCACCUGCUCCAGCUACAAGUACCAGAAGCUGGACUUCCAAGAUCUCAACUACAACCUGUUUCCGUUCUUCACCUACUGCCGCAGCAAGCUGGCCAACAUUUACUUCACACAUGAGCUCGCUCACAUGCUGGAGGGGAAAGGAGUGACCGCGUACGCUGUUCACCCUGGUUAUGUUCAGAGUAACUGGAUCUGUCAUUACUCGGUUUUGUUCCGGAUCCUUGUGCAGGUGGUGAUGUUCAUGUUUUUUGUUUCGUGUGAGGCUGGAGCGCAGACGGUGGUCUACUGCGCUGUAUCAGACGAGGUGCUCGAGCACAAUGGAGGAUAUUUCACUGACUGCCAGCCGGCUCAGCUUAGAGCCUUCGCUAGAGAUUCUGGAGUAGCAAAAAAACUCUGGGAGGCCAGCGAGAGACUAGUUAAACUGGCCUGAUAACAGUAUACAGUGCUUUUUGUUUGCAUGUUUGAUAAGAAGACUGAUUCUUAUGUUAUUCAUAGAAAGCCAUGUUAGUUUCUGGUUUGUAAGAGUGUGAUUUUUAUGACUCUGUUUAGAGUUUUGUGUAAGUUGUAUGCGCUGUAAUUUAUUUAACGAUGAUUGACUUGGUUUUUGACAUGCAGUAUUGAAAUGCCCAUGUUUUUGUUAAAUACUUUAAUUAGUGAAGAAUGUAAAUAGGUCACUACAAAAUCCAUUUAAUGGAUGGAGGGUGGCUAUUUAAAAAUGCAAACUAAUUUUUCAUUAAAAUGCAUUUUAAAUGCUAAUGAAAAAUAAAGAAAGUGAUUAAGAAAGCAAUUUU